AAGUUUAAUUGUGAACUCCCUUUGUUUAAGAAAACAAACACAGUCUACAAAGACAAGCAAUGAAGGCAUGUGUGACUGGAAGAAGAUGUAAGACUUCAGAAAGGCUGACAUACUCAGACACACUCAAUAUUAUGAGCUUCAACAAGACGUUCCUCUUAAUUAUUCUGCAAGGUUUGCAUUCUAUUACCGUCAGCCAGACUUGGACUUUCCCAAAACAAAUAGAGGCUUUAAUUGGUUCCUGCGUGGUGAUUCCCUGCUCAUUCACACGUGCUAGGAGCUCUACGUCAGAUGACGUUGUCUGGUAUCUCUAUCGCAAAACAUCUUAUCCAGAGGUUUUUAACAGCAGAGGGAAUUCCGAAACUUUAAGUGCAUACAGAGGACGCACAUCGCUAGUGAGCACAGAAACAAUGAGCUGCUCUCUGAGGAUAAAUUAUGUGAGAUCGGAAGAUGAAGCUUAUUAUUAUCCAGGAAUAGAUAAAAAAUCAAAUGCUUAUCGUGAACAUAGAAACACUGUCAGACUUUUAUUAAGAGAAAAACCUCAUGAUCCAGUUAUUCAGUGGAGUGGAGACAUGAUUGAAGGACAACCAAUCACCAUUACCUGUAAAGUUGAACAUACCUGUCAGUCCAACGCUCCUACUAUCGGGUGGAACAAGGGUGGUCAGCAUGGCAACACAAAUAAAAGUAACUUCACCGGUGGAGGAUGGACAUCUGUAUCAGAGCUAAUCUAUACUCCUUCAUCGAAUGAUCACAAUACUCAGAUAGUGUGCUCAGCUGUUCAUCACAAUGGAAUAAUAAGUCAGAGUUCUACCAGGCUAGACAUCAAGUCUGUUGAAAUCUACUCAAACACCCUGAUCUUUGUUGUGACUGGAAUAAUCGUUCUUAUUCUGUUUGCACUGGUUGGAUGCAUUUACUGGAGGUGUGGAAAGUGUCAAGAAUUUUUAGGCUGUAUGAGAAAUUGCACAAAGACUAGUCACCCGCCUGAUGCUCUGUAUGCCGAUCUUCAAAAGGAGAAUAUUUCUCCCGAGUAUGACAGAUUGAAGCCCAAAGUUCAAGACUACCUUCAAGUCAAAGAGACAAAGAUUGAUGAGUUACCAAAAUAUGAAAAUGUUUAGAUAUAGAUUUAAAACGUCAUAGAUGAUUAAAGCAUAGUUUGUCUUAUUAUGUACAAGGCAUAUGUUCUAAAUGUCUAAAUGAAAUAAAGUACUAAACUUA